AAGGAAACAAAAGAUAGAGAAAUCAAAGGGGCGUCGUGGGGCGCCGCCGGCACUACCCGACUGAGAUCAUCAUCCCGAUCGAUCAAUUUGCCAAUGCUGUUUUGUGUAAUAUCAAGUUACUGGUUCUCAUUUAAUUACCUGUCAACAAUAACUAGCUUUCAUCAAUCGGGAUUUGAGUGAAAGACGUUGAUUUGAAUUUGGAUAUGAUGGAUGUAACAUGGCUCGGUGCUAUCUUAGUUGGGGCAGGUUGCCUUGCUUUGGGGUUCUUCAUUGGUGCACGAAAAUCCAGUCGCAAGUUUCUUUCGACCAAGGUAGCUGAAGCCACUGCACUUGUAGAUGGAAAUCAGAAGGGUCGGGCCAAAAAGCCCCUUGAGAUUGAAAAGCUGGCUGAGAUUAUCGAGGAUUUUAAGAUGGUGUUGGUGGUAAGGAAUGACCUAAAGAUGGGGAAAGGAAAGAUUGCUGCCCAGUGCAGCCAUGCAACUUUGGGUCUCUAUAAAAAGAUUCUUCACAGGGCACCUAAAGCUUUAAGCAGGUGGGAGAUGUGUGGGCAGGUUAAGGUGGUGGUGAAAAUUGAAAGUGAAGAUGAUAUGCUGGUUUUACAAGAAAGAGCAAAAUCAAUGGCUAUACCAACCCAUAUUGUCAUUGAUGCUGGCCGAACACAGAUAGCACCAAAUUCAAGGACAGUGAUGGCGGUUCUUGGACCAGCUGAAAUGGUUGAUGAUGUGACUGGUGGGUUGAAGCUUCUAUAGGGGUCUCUCUAGCAUUACUUUGCAGUUAGUUGCCUACCUUGGAAGAAAAAUGUUACGCAGAUCUAUUAGAUUUUUUUAUAACAUUUUCUUGAUCCUUUUGAAACAAGUCACGUUAACGAAGAUACUGAUGAUGAUGAUGAGAAAGAACCUCUAUUAUGGUACCAUACUGGAUGUAGACAUUCUGUUACCAUGUUUUGCAUGAAUUAUAUUACAGUUUUUGAUGCAUUAUUCUACUGCU